GCAGCCUUUAGUCUACCCAGUCGUCCACAGCCUGUUACCCGCGGAUUUCCACCAAACAAUUGCUUACAUUUCUGCUUAGAGAUAACCAUCUCUAUUCCGUAGUAUCUCUAAAUAUGAGGUGGUUUGUAUCCUGAAACAUGUUAAAUAUCAAUCAUCAGUGAAGCAGCAGCAGCCCACUUGCACUGAGCUAGGAUGUCCAGUAGCUCCAGCUACCCCCCUACCCAGGGGAGCUUCAGUAGUGAGCAGAGCCGGUACCCAUCCCAUUCUGUGCAGUACACAUUCAGUGGCUCGAGGCACCAUCAGGAUUUCACUGUCCAGGAUUACCGGUCUCACUUGCAGGAUCCACAGGGUCGAAGAAGACCGUCUUUACUAUCUGAAUUCCACCCUGGGACUGAAAGGCCUCCAGAGAGACGCCAUGGUUAUGAGCAGCAGUUUCACACCAUCUCAACUCAGCCUGAACAUGAGGCACUGGAUUCUAAGCGCCCACGCAUGGAGUCUAUUGCCGAGGCUCACAUUGCCCGCACCCCUCCUUCUGGGGGUAUUCUCAUGCCCAUGCACCAUAUGUUACAGGACAGCCUCAGAGCCACUGUGGAGGUCAAAAAGGAGUCACCAUUCACUGUAAAAUUGGAAUGCUCAGGUGGACCUGCAUUACACAUCGGGGAAGAACCUGACACUUCCCCUUCGAAGCUGUCAAAGGAGGAGCUGAUUCAGAGUAUGGACCGUGUGGACAGAGAGAUUGCUAAAGUGGAGCAGCAGAUUUCCAAACUAAAGAAAAAGCAACAACAACUAGAGGAGGAAGCAGCAAAGCCAGUGGAGCCAGAAAAACCAGUGACCCCUCCCCCGGUUGAACACAAGCACCGCAGCAUAGUACAAAUCAUCUAUGAUGAGAACAGAAAAAAAGCUGAAGAGGCCCAUAAAGUAUUUGAAGGCCUUGGUCCCAAAGUCGAGUUGCCUCUUUACAAUCAGCCAUCAGACACAAAAGUUUACCAUGACAACAUUAAAACCAAUCAAGUCAUGAGGAAGAAGCUGAUUCUGUUUUUUAAGAGGAGGAACCAUGCUCGUAAACAAAGGGAACAGAAGAUCUGCCAGCGCUAUGACCAACUCAUGGAAGCUUGGGAGAAGAAGGUGGAGCGAAUGGAAAACAACCCCAGGCGCAAAGCCAAGGACAGCAGAACACGGGAGUACUAUGAAAGGCAAUUCCCUGAGAUCCGAAAGCAGAGAGAGCAGCAGGAGCGUUUUCAGAGGGUUGGACAAAGAGGAACAGGCCUCUCAGCCACCAUCGCCAGAAGCGAGCAUGAGAUCUCUGAAAUCAUAGAUGGCCUUUCUGAGCAAGAGAACAAUGAAAAACAGAUGAGACAGCUAUCUGUCAUUCCUCCAAUGAUGUACGACUCCGAGCAGAGACGAGUGAAAUUCAUCAACAUGAACGGCUUGAUGGAUGACCCCAUGAAGGAGUACAAAGCGCGGCAGUUCAUGAAUGUUUGGACGGAACAUGAAAAAGAGAUCUUUAAGGAGAAGUUUGUCCAGCACCCGAAGAACUUUGGCCUGAUUGCCUCCUAUCUCGAAAGAAAGUGUGUUGCUGACUGUGUCCUCUACUACUACUUGACCAAGAAGAACCACAACUACAAAACGUUGGUGAGACGCAACUACGGUAGACGGAGGGGCAGAAACCAGCAAAUUACUCGACCCUCACAAGAAGAGAAGACAGAAGACAAAAACGAAGAAGAAAAAACUGAGAAGUCAGAGAAAAAAGAGGACGAGGAAAAGAAAGAGGAGGAAGAGAAAGAUGAAAAGGAGGAAUCCAGGGAAAUUGGCAAGGACAAAGAAAAGUGUGACGUCGGGGAAGACGAGGACGGAAAGGAGCAAAACACGCCGCGUGGCAGGAAGACUGCCAACAGCCAGGGCCGACGUAAGGGAAGGAUCACCACACGCUCCAUGGCCAAUGAGGCUGCCACUGUGGCGGCGGAGGAAGCACCUCCCCCCGCUUCAGAAGCUGCCGUGCCAGAUCCUCCCGUGCUCCCUAAAUCGGAUACAGCUCAGAAGUCCAUGAAGGAGCCUGUGAAACCUCCCACCCCAGUGGCUUCACUGGAUGCUAAAGCGGCCGCUGCUGAAACUGGAGAAACUUCUCGCUGGACCGAGGAGGAGAUGGAAGUAGCCAAAAAAGGUCUAGUUGAGCAUGGGCGAAACUGGACGGCCAUCGCCAAAAUGGUGGGCACCAAAAGUGAAGCACAGUGCAAGAACUUCUAUUUCAAUUAUAAGAGACGUCACAAUCUGGACAACCUCCUUCAGCAGCAUAAGCAGGACACACGGCGGGCUCGGGCCGUUAGAUCUCAAGGUGAAGGUCUAACCACGACUUCACCUGAUGACGACGAGGACAAUGCAGAUGAUAGUGAAGGCGGCGAAAAUAGCUCUGAUACAGAGAGUGCACCCUCCCCGUCUCAAACUGACUCCGCAAAGUCUGGUGACUCCAAGAAACCAGACAGCACUGCAGGAGAUGCUCAGAGUUCAGAUGCUCAGGUCAGCAAUGAAAAGGCCUCUGACCCUUCCUCAUAUGGGAAUCUCUGUGUGAAGGAGGAAAAAAGCCCAGAGGGUGAGGCUGUUUCUCAGGAGGAAAAGACCAAAGUGGCUUCCUACUCAGGUGUGGUCAAUCCAAAAACGGAACCCCAAGAUGUGGACUUAAAAUCUGGGGAGGUUCAGGUUAAAAUGGAGCCUGAGAUCAAGGAGAAAGGAGAUCAUGGUGAAAGGCAAAGGGAGCCCCACUCGGAUAAUGACUCCAGCGCCACCUGCAGUGCGGAUGAAGAUGUAGAUGCAGAGCCUGAAAGACAGAGUAUGCUUUCGAUGGAGAAGCCGUCUUUGCUCAACCCUCCAGGCACGGUCCUGGUGUCUUCACCUAAGCAAACUCCACUAAACAUCCAGCAGAUGCAUCAACGGGCAGCUGCCAUCCCACCAAUGGUACCUGGUCCUUAUGGCCCUGGUCCGGUGCCCAUCAGCGGCUUUGCCAUGUUGCAACACCAAAUCAAAGCUGCGCAUGCGUCUGCACAUCUAGAAGAGAAGCAGAGGCAGGAUCAUGGAGACAUGGAGCGAAGACCGCCUUUCAACUCCCGCAGCCCAAGCGUACUUGACAGAGACGGUAAGCCCCCACACUACAUGCCUUAUGAAUUGAUGUUGGCUCUGGACCAGGAGGCCUUCUCUGGUCGGUCAGGCUCCCCUCACAGACUCUCCCCCAGGGAUCUAAGCAAGUCCUCACCGCAGCCUGACCUCAACAUCCCUAAUGCUUCUCGCUACAGUGUGCCGCCAGUCCUCCACACAGCCCCCAACCAGCUGAUCCAGAGUCUGUCAGAUGGAGCCCGGAUGCCUUUCAGCAGGCCCAGUCGACCUCCUAACAUUCCCUCUCCUCCUCCUCUCAUUCCAACCACCAAACCCACAGACAAGCCGUCCUUUAUUCACGGGGGCUCUAUAUCUCAGGGAACCCCUGGCACAUACCUGCAUUCCCAUGCUGUUUAUGGGCCUGAGGGGAGUAAGAGCACUGUGGGGUCCAUCUCUCUGGGCCUGCCUCGGCACCAGGAUCCCAACAAGUCCGGAGCAGCAGUUCCGUUACUGCAUGAUGGUAGAGGCAACCUGGCAAAAAUGAGUGAAAGUCUGGCUUUCAGAGGCUCAAUCACCCAGGGCACUCCAGCCCUUUCCCAGCCUACUGUUGCUGCUGACCUGCUAAAGAGCACCAUCACAAAACUGGCCACAGAAGACCUGAGCAGCUCUGACAAGGCCAGAGCAGACCAACUGGCUAAAUGUCAUGUUAUCUAUGAAGGCAAGAGUGGUCAUAUCCUCUCUUAUGAUGCUAUCAAGAACCCAAGGGAGAACACCCGAAGCCCCAGAACUGGCCAUGAGUUGAAACGCACUUUUGACAUGAUGGAGGGAUCCAUUGGCAGGGGUCACACUGGAAGGGAAGGAGCGCCAUUUGAAGGUUUGAUUAGCAGAGCCUUGCCCAGAGAAGGUCUCCAUGGAGAUGCUAAAGAAAGGCCACUAAUCACUGGAUCUAUCAUGCAAGGAACACCUAGAACCGCUGCAGAAACAUAUGAAGACACUCUGAAAUAUGGAAAACGCAUAAAACGAGAGAGCCCGCCCAUCCGCUCUUUUGAUGGUGGGAUUGGCAAAGGAAAGCCCUACGAGGGAGUUAACACAAUUAAAGAGACUGGGCGCUCUAUUCAUGAAAUCCCUCGACAAGACCAGUCUGGCCAGGACCUCAGGAAGACCCCUGACAUGUCAGACAGGAGGGUCAUUGAGGGAUCCAUGCCUCAGAUUCCCUCUUUGAACCAGCCUACUAUCAAGCACAAUGUCAAGUCCCUAAUCACCAGUCCCAGUAAGCUUCCCCACAGUCUACCUCAGCUUGAGGCCAUGGAACGAGCCAAAUACGAGGAGAGCAAGGCCAUGCGCCACACCUCGGUGGUUAACUCGACCACCUCCGUGCUGCGCUCCACACACCAGGAGGCUGGCAAAUCCCAGCUCAGCCCUGGCUUGUAUGAAGAUGUCAAUGCCCGCAGGACCCCUGUGAAUUACAGCUCCAAUCCUGUGACCAGAAGUUCACCCAUGCUAGGACGCUCAUCAGAGGGAUCGAAAUCUUCAGCACAUGAAAGAAAGACACCCACACAGAGGGAAAGUGUCCCAGCCAAGCCCCCAGUGUCUGGCGGUGACCCCGGGGCUUCUCACAGUCCUUUCGACCCUCACCAUAGGCCGGUUGUAUCUGGGGAAGUGUACCGAGGUCAUCUGCCUCCACAUCUCGACCCCAGUAUUGCCUUCCACAGAGUUAUUGAUCCUGCCUUCAUGUUUCCUAGGCAGCCAUCCCCGACUGGCUACCACAACACAUACCAGCUGUACACCAUGGAGAACACGAGGCAAACCAUCCUCAAUGAUUACAUCACCUCCCAGCAGAUGCAGGUCAUCCCCCGACCUGAUUUGGCCCGUGGCCUGUCACCGCGGGAACAACCUGUUGCUAUUUCUUACCCAACUGGAGCUAGAGGGAUUAUUGAUCUAGCCCAGAUGCCUCCAACUAUCCUGUUGCCUCAUCCUGGGGGAACAGGUUCUCCCACUUUGGAACGCAUCGCCUACCUCCCUGGAGCUCAGCCCCCUUUCCUUACUAGGGCUUUCAACCCAACUUCCAUAUCGCCAGGCCACCCUGCCCACCUUGCUGCUGCUGCUGCUGCCGCCGCUAAUGUGGAGAGGGAAAGGGAACGUGACCAUGAACAGCAGGAGAAGGAGAGAGAAAAGGAAAGGGAGCGUGAUCGGGAGAUGCGGGACCGGGAAAUGCGGGACCGGGAAAUGCGGGACCGGGAGAUGCGGGACCGGGAGAUGCGGGACCGGGAGAUGCGGGACCGGGAGAUGCGAGACCGGGAGAUGCGAGACCGGGAGAUGCGGGACCGAGAGCGAACGACUGAUUACAUGCGUGGAAGUGGAGCAGAGCAACCAGGCCGACCAGGAAGCAGAGGAUAUUUGCACUCUUCUUCACCCUCACUCAGGACGCAGGAAGUGGUUGUUCAGCAGAGACCAAGCAUCUUUCAGGGCAAAAGUGUUAUAACUUCUCUGAUGCCUCAUUCAGCUGCAACGACAUCAGCAGCCCAGAGUAACUCCCGUUACAGUACUGCCGCUGAUGCCCUGGCUGCCUUGGUAGAUAUUGCAGCCUCUGCUCCGCCUGUGGAUGUGGCCAAAGUUAAGGAGAACAAACGAGAUGAACGGGAUGAUGAAAUAUCUUCGACAUCUCGGCGAGCGGCAAGCUUCUCGGAACAACAGCAGGAGUCAGAACGGAGAUCCCUUGCUUACGGAGCUAUGACGAUGCCAGGGAGCAAGCCCCACCCAGCAUACGCUGAGGCUGUUGGGGUUAAAGAUAAGGCACCCCAAACAUCGAAGUCACGCAUUGAGGAAGAGCUCCGAACACGAGGAAAAACGACCAUUACAGCCGCCAACUUCAUUGAUGUCAUCAUUACGCGAAAAAUCGCAUCAGAGAAAGACUCACGAGAGCGGGGCUCUCAGAGCUCUGACUCUUCCAGUAGCUUGUCAUCAAGUCGAUAUGACAACCCUGGCGGGGGAACCAUUGAAGUGAUAAGUCCUGCUAGUUCUCCAGUCCAAUCUCAACAGGAAAAACUUGACGAGGGGCAACAGACAGCAGCUGGUAUGCGGGCUUAUGACAUGAGUCGAUACCGACCUCCAGGAGAGUCCCCGCAGCCCAGUUCCCAACAGCCCCCCUCUUCCCAGGCUGACAGUUAUUCCCAAAUUCCCAAGACACACCGGGUCAUGACCCUGGCAGAUCACAUCUCGCACAUCAUAACCCAAGACUUUGCCCGGAAUCAAGACCCUCCUACAGUUUCUUCUUCAGCCUCUGUCACAUUCCAGAGCACGGUGCCUACUGUGUCCUCUACAAGUCGAGCUAAGUUGCCAAGUCACUACAGUCCUGAGAAUCAAGUCCAGGCCCCACAUCACCACAGACUCCCCAGCAGGGUUUCCCCAGAAAACGCCACAGACAAGCCCAGAUCCAGACCUGGAAAGUCUCCAGAGAGAGGUGGAAGGCAUAUGGACAACUAUGAACCCAUCUCACCACCACAGAGCUACCAGAGCAUGGACAAGCAGGAGACUGCUGGGCCUGCAACCCAAAGACGAGAAGCAGAAAACUCUGAGAUCAGGAAUGACUCACGAUCCCCCGGCAAUGUCAGUUAUCUGCCCUCCUUCUUCACCAAACUAGAGAACACCUCACCUAUGGUGAAAUCCAAAAAGCAGGAGAUCUUUCGUAAGUUGAACUCCAACUCUGGUGUCGGUGAUUCUGAUGUUGGAAUUGCCCAGCCUGGCACAGAGAUUUUCAACUUGCCUGCGGUUACCAGCUCCAGCAACAUCAACCCGAGGAGCCACUCCUUCAGUGACCCUGCCAGUAACCUGGGCCUUGAGGACAUAAUUCGUAAAGCCCUAAUGGGCAACCUGGAGGACAGACAGGAAGAGCAACAAGGAGGAGUAGGUGCCAUCAGCAACUCGAGCAGUGACACCCGCCAAGAGGCCAAUCCGUCACCCAGCACUGUGAAACAGAAGCAGAAUAAAGGCAACAGCCGUAAAUCCAAGUCUCCUAAUCUUGGUCAGGCCUACACAGGAGGGGAUCGUCCUUCCUCAGUGUCCUCCGUCCACUCCGAGGGAGACUAUCACAGACAAUCACAAGCCCAGUCCCAAUGGAGUUGGGAUGACCGACCUUCAUCUGCAGGCUCCAUGCAGUUCCCUUACAAUCCGCUGACCAUGCGCAUAAUGAGCACCACGCCACCCACCUCCAUAUCGUCCCCUUCCAUACAGAGCCAGCAGCAGCAGCAGCAGCAGCAGCAGCAGCAGCAGCAGCAGCAGCAGCAGCAGCAGCAGCCUCCCGCAGGAGCUCAGGUGGGCCAGCAGCGUGUGUGGCAGUCUCUGCUGUCAGAGCAAUACGAGGCCCUUUCAGACAGUGACGACUGAGCUCGGCCCGCUUGCUCGGCCUGUAGUCAAGAAGGGUGGAAAAGGAAGCCUGAGUCGAGGGCUCUCGUCUCUUCUCCCUCCCUUUCUCUCUCUCUCUCUCUCUCUCUCUCUCUCUCUCUCUCUCUCUCUCUCUCUCUCUCUUUCUCUCUCUCUCUCUCUCUGUCUCUCUCUCUCUGUCUCUCUCUCUCUGUCUCUCUCUCUCUCUCUCUCUCUCUCUCUCUCUCUCUCUCUCUCUCUCUCUGUCUCUCUCUCUUUCCAAGAGUGUCAAGUUGACAGGGUGGUGUCCAAUUUUUUUCUGGUGCUAUGUCGCCCCCUGACUGUCAGCCGAGUGUACAAGCAACAGCCAAUGACGGACUGGACUCUCCGGAACAAGACUCACCUUUGGUUUGGAAGCGGUCACCCGGUCUAUUGGGGAAAUAAAGUCGACUGGCUUGAGAUACAGUGAAGUAGAUAUGUACAUUUGACAAUUUUGUUUGAUUUCUGUAAAGCUAUAAAUCAACUUUAAGAAAAUCGUAUGUAAAUAGGAUAACCGUUUUGCAGUGUUUUUCUUAACUUGAUGAUUUCUUAUUUUAGUGUUAUAAAUGGAUCCACUCUAAAUGCUAAGUGUAAUCUUUAACGCCAUAGUUGGUCUCCCCUCACUUUAAUAUAUGUGAUGAAUUCUUACCGGUAAGAGACAACAGAGGCUGUUCCUCCCGUCAAGCACCAGCGCAGCCUGAACGCUGUGGACAAUACAGGCCGGCAAAACACUUGACUAACAUUUAAACAGCGGCACAGCGCUGAUAUUUGAGUUUCAACACAACGGCUGAGAUUGCCUCUCAGCACAUUCUAGACAGCGAAAUGUAUUGAAGACAAGUUGUGAACACUGGUGUUAGGACAGAGACGUUUCUUGAAAUAGGGGACUACCCCUGGCCCCUGUCAUAAACGUGAAUUUGAGCCUAUGUUUUUUUUCCCCCUGAUACAGUUGUUACCGCUGCAGUUUGCGACCUGUCCAAAAUGGUGUCCUACACAAUGUUCUAUUUGUUAAAUUUGUCUGGAAAUUUCGUUGUUUUUUUUUUUAAUGGUUUUGUCAUGCCUUGUGACUUGAGAAAGAAGGCAGCUUUAAUUUUCUCAGAGAGAUAUGUUGUUUGUUUAUCUAGUACCUUUUUUAAAUCCUUCCACUAAAACAAAAUAAUCACGCCACAUACAAACUUAAUCAUAUGCAACAUCUUUUUGCACUUUCUGGUUUGUAGCUAUUACUAAGAAAAUACAUCUUAUAUGCUGUCUGCCACAUCGCGCUUCAAAUAUUCCGGCUUCACCACAUAGCUAGUUUUUUUUCUGUUUUUUGAAAGCAUGUGCUUCAACAUUUUUGCCCUAAUGAAGCAUUUUCAACUAUGAAAAUGGCUAAAUUAACUAAAAGUAUCAAUACUAAAGUAGUCUUGGCCACUAGAUGAGACCAAACCAGUCAGAUCACGCUGUUCAGUUAUUGUGGCCACUGAAUGGCUCAGCCCUGGACAGCAUUACUAUAUUGGUGUAAAACAGUGUGAAGGUGACUAAAGGGUGUUAUUCACGUCUAGAAGGCUCUCAUAAUGUUGAAAAAAUUAUUUAGAAGGCCAUAAACAUGUUUUUUUAUUUGAAAAUGUUAAUUUUAAAAUUAAUGAUUCCUACCUCCCAAUUGAUUUAUCCGGACCCAAUUAACAGUGACAAACGAGGAGUAGUUGUAACUUGGUAAUGUUCUUUUGGGUUUCCAACCACUCACUGAUAACAGGAUGUUUGAGAUUAAAUUUUUAUGAUGGCUCAUCAUUUUGUGACCAUUUCAGAAUAGGUAACGUUCUCAUAAUAUGGUACCUUUUUAUGCUAUCAGUGAUUCCAAACCACGGCCAUUCUAACAAGAAAAGCUAACAAAUCUUUUCGACUAUUAUUGGAUAAAUGCUCCGUCAUCUUCACUUUUUACUCUGCUGUUAACAAUCGCUUGAGCUCUAAACUGCUUAUGUACUGUUUCCUUUUUUUUGUCAGCACAUGUUCAGAUAUUUUUCUGAUUGUUUCCAUGCAAUUGUUUUUGUGUCCUAUUUUCAGGGGAUGGUAGUUGUUUACAAAGGCAAUGACAAAACGUUUACAAACUUGAAUCUGAAAAGAAAUAUCGACUUGAAGUUGAAAAAUAAUUAGGUCCAUUUUUCAAGUGAUAAAACCCACAGUUGUGACUUUUUUGUUGUUUUGAAAAUCCACACUUGAAAACCCUUGUUCCCUUUUGACGUUGAAAUGCAAUGAUUGUAUGGCACAGUCUUUUAGUUGGCAACUACAAAUGUUCAGACCAAUCAAUAAAGUGGAUCAGUUCUCCGCCA